CAAAGCAAAGCCAGCUCCUCGCUUCACUCCGGUCAGUCAAGCUCAGGCAUGUGCAAGGUCAUCAACACGGUCCCGGCGCUCGCCUGGCUGCGCCGCGCCGUGCGCCGGUGGCGCUCCCGAGGGGCGGCAUCGGCCCGGCCCAACAAGGAUGUGCUGGAGCUUGACGCCACGGUGCCGGCGGGGCACGUCGCCGUGCGCCUGGAGGGCCGCGGGGACGGAGAGCCGUCGUCGAGGCGGUUCGUGGUGCGGCUGGAGAAGCUGAGCCACCCGGCGUUCCGGGAGCUGCUGCGCCAGGCGGAGGAGGAGUACGGCUUCCCGUCGGCCUCCGGGCCCGUCGUGCUCCCCUGCGACGAGGACCACCUCCGCGAUGUACUCCGCCGCGUCUCGUUGUCCGAGGAGCGCCCCUCCUUCCGUCGCCGCCGGGGUGUCGUGGCGGCGCCGCACGGUGAUUGUGAUUCGUGGCCGCUGCUGCAGGGGGCGGCCGUGGAGAAGCUCGUCUCGUGAUGAAUCGUAUCCUUCGGCCGUUCGUUGGUGCACCCAGCCUCUGUACAUUGCACACACAGGCGGGAUGGCCGUGUCCGUUUGGUCCUUUUCGUGCGCGCGCCCAUGCCGCAGCCGCCGUGCCAUCCAUGGCGACGAGUGCGCGCGCUGAAACCGGGCAAGAAUUUCCACACUUGUGACAAGACAGUUGAGCUGGCAGAUCGACCCGAUAAUAAAUUAGCACUAUCACUCUAUUAGUCCAGCUGGCAUUACAAAAUGUACAUAGCUUAUCGUCCUAGAAAUGUAAUUGUAUAUUUUUGUGCUAUUUGCAAAUCUGUUGGCUGUGCCUGUA